AAGCAUAAGUACAACUUCGGUAACUCAAAUUUCUCAGUUUAGUUGCCGGAUCAUUUUACAUUUUGUCAUGAGCCAUGACGGUGCCACCUUCACUUCGUCCUCGCCGUCUGCAGGCAUUUAGCUUUUGUCGUCGGCUUCAUACAGAUUCAGUUUUUCGCUCUGGCGCUGGUAUUUCGAAUCCAGCCGAAUACUGCAAAGACUUCGUACGGAAACAUGACCAUGAAGGUUAUUUAACGUCCCAGCUAUAUCCUAAAAAAUUUCAAGGUGGGUACUUCGCGCUUAGGGCAUUCUAUAUCGAGCUUGCCACGGUGCGAGAAGCGGUGUCCCAGACUACCUUAGGUCAGGCUCGCUUGAUGUUCUGGAGAGAUGCCAUAAAAGACAUUUAUAAUGAUAAGCCUCCGCGUCAUCCCAUUGCCCUUGCGAUCCAUGAAGCAACACGGCAUAGCCAUUUACCUCUAUAUCACUUUAACAGGAUAAUAGAAGCAAGAGAACAAGAACUUCACAACCAGACACACCUUACUCUGGAUUCCAUGACCUCACAUGCGGAGUCCACUUCAUCGACUUUUCUCUAUCUUCUGUUGGCGAUGCUGAACCUCCCCUCCUCCACGCUUGCACAUGCCGCUUCGCAUCUUGGGGUCGCUCAAUCAUUGACGACGCUUCUACGAGCUUUACCUUUUCAUGCUUCCAAAGGUGUUAUGGUCAUACCCGCGGAGAUCACUGCCAAGCACGGUGUCAAUCAGCAAGAAAUUUUCAGCAAGGGGAAAUUAUCCCAUGGACUGGAAGACGCGGUGUUUGAACUUGCAACUACUGCAAAUGAUCAUUUGCUUACAGCACGAGACAUGUUCAAGGAGUCCGGGGGCAUGGUCCCACCAGAAGCCAUGCCUGUGUUUUCGGCAGCUAUACCAGUAGUGUCCAUUCUACGGACGUUAGAGGCCAUCAAUUUCAACGCCUUUGACCCCUCCUUGCAGAUCCGAGAUUGGAGAUUACCGUGGCAAGUCUGGAGGAGUUACUAUAAGAGGACUUUCUAAAACGACCCAGGCCACAUGCCGGCAUUGCAUCUCAGCACAAUGUAGCGCCUGUUAAAAGUGUAGAACGUUGUCAUUUCACGCAUCUUUUUGCUCUGGAACGCUUUGAGCUUCAUGAUGUUAUACUUUGAGGAAUAUUGUGACCACCUAGGACGAAAUAUUUGAACGAAGAUGCAGUGGUGGUUACGAAUUUAGAAGUCCGAUGAA